AUGGUCUUCCUUGCGCUGGCAGCUUCACAGGCUCCGUCAUGGGCCACAUGGGUGGGCUGGGGCGCUGGCGGAUUGGCAAGCGCCAGUCUACCCCUCUGCUUCAAGUUUGGAUUUGGAGAAGCGGAACAGCACCAGUUGAAAGCCAUAAAGAAUCAGGUGAAAACUUCAUCAAAACAAUACAGCUUCCUGGAGAUGUUUCCUCCGGCAGAAACUUUGCCUUGCAUCCUGCUGAGUGGUCCAAGGCAAGCAGUGGGUGCACAUCUGCCUCACUUGCGCUUUGUGAAGGCACUUGGUGCUGGCACAUACGGCGUGGUGAGCCAAUACCGCAGCAAUGCUGGGGAAGUCGCGGUGAAGACAAUGCAGAACUUCGCAUCAAACCACAUUGCAGCAAGGCGCUGCCUUCGCGAGAUCAAUAUCAUGAAAUGCUUGAAGCAUAGCAACAUCGUGUCUUUGAAGGAGGUGGUGGCACUUAAAGAACCGCCGACCGUGCAUCUCGUGAUGGAGCUGAUGGAUGGAACGCUUUACAAUAUCAUCUGCUCGAAGGAGGUCUUGGGGGAGGAGCAUAUACAGUUCUGGAUAUACGGAAUCCUGCUCGCUCUUGAGUACCUGCACGGCAGCGACGUGGUUCACCGCGACUUGAAGCCUCAGAACAUCCUGGUGAACAGGAACUGUGACAUAAAGCUCUGCGAUUUUGGCUUGGCAAGGGGGCCUUGGCCAGACAAAGAAGCUUCAAAGGUAGACCUACGCACAGAUUACGUCGGUACGCGCUGGUACAGGGCACCAGAAGUCUUGCUGGAGGCCGUCACCCACAUGCCUUCUGCGGAUCUUUGGAGCCUGGGCUGCGUCCUGGCUGAAUUGACAGGCCGAUCUGUGCUUUUCCCAGGCAGUAGCUCAUUGGAUCAAUUGAAGAAGAUUCUUCGCAUAGUAGGCACGCCAAGACACGAAGACUGUCUGACACACAGAUUUUCGGAACUGAUCCAGCAGCCUGCUUUUAUGUUUGACAAGCAGCAUUGGGGCAACUUGUUCCCUUCAGCAACUGAAAGCAAUCUCAGCCUGCUGGAUGGCCUGCUGCAGUUCAACCCACGGUGGCGGGUCACCGCAAGAGACGCUUUGCGUCAUGUGUUUGUGUCAGAUUAUUUUGACGAAGCUGAUGUAGUGAAACCACCAACAAUCUGUUGGCACUUCGACCGACCGACAAAGUUGAGGGAAGUCCUUGCAAGAAUUGCGUCUUCUUCUACCCAGACACCUCGUUGA